AUGGCACCAAUCGAAGACGACGACGAGAUCCCACAGCUCUCCGGCGAUGCUCUUGCCGCUCUAAAGGAAUUUUAUGGCGAGCGGGAUGCACGACAAAAACAGUUUGAAGAACUAAAGGGCCAAGCCGAAGAUGACUUCGAAGGAAAGCUGUCCAUGGAUGCAUUUACCGAAGACUGGAAUGCAAGUCAGUUCUGGUAUAGUGAUGAGACGGCUAUGGUACUUGCGAGACAACUUCUGGAUGGUGCGACAGACGAGACAAGGAUAGCAGUUGUGUCUGCCCCGAGUGCUUUUAUCCAGUUGAAGAAUCUACUGAACUCAGGUGAAGUCAAGUGCCGGCCACAGAUCAAAUUACUGGAGUUCGAUGAACGCUUUGCCGUCUUCAGGGAAUUUGUGCGCUACGACUUCGAGAAGGCGAUCCAACUACCAGCUGAGAUGAAGGCUUCAUUUGAUGUCAUCAUUUGCGAUCCGCCAUUCCUAAGUCAAGACUGCCAAACGAAAGCUGCUUUGACUGUGCGGUGGCUAGCUAAGUCCUGGGAGCAAGAUUCUCUCCGUCUAAUUGUGUGUACUGGAGAACGUAUGGAGAGCUUGAUCACGGACAAGCUGUACGGGAAAGUAGGGACCAGGACGACGGACUACGAGAUCAAGCACGCGAAAGGGUUGAGUAACGAGUUUAGAUGCUAUGCAAACUUUGAGUGCGCAUCGUGGAAAUGGGCACAGUCAUGA